AUUACGGACACUGUUUGCACACAAACCUUGAGAGCAAAGGUUGAAAGCAACUGUUCAUCGACUUGUCGUGCAUAAUACUUAAACGCUACUGGAUCCUCGGGCGAACGCGAAUAUCGUAGUCUCGUCGUAGAAAAUAUUAAUUGUGAAACGAUUUCAAGUGCUUCAACAGAUUGAUUACGCGUUCAGUGAGCAGCAAUAUGUCACAAGCGAUUAAUAAACUUGGUCGAAAUAACAGCCAUAAACGUUUCACUAUAGCUACAGCAAAUACAUACACAAGCACACCAAAAUCUGUACCCGUAAAAUGGAACAGCAUAUCCUUAUCAGAGAUCGAUACAGCUUCUUCUUCAAGCGGAGGCAGAAGAAAUUUACAGUUGCAGAUGCAAGAUCUGGCAAAGAAGCGCAUAGGAUACACGAGGAAAAAGAAAAGAGAAGACACGAAAGGAAAAAAGGAAAGCUCUGAUAGCGACUGGGAAGUUGCACAGAAAGAAUUAAUCGACAAACCUUUGAAAGAAAAGCAAAAGAAAAACUUAAAGGGUGAGAAAAAAGCCGUCAAAAGGAAGCAACUAUUAACAGACACGGAUAGCGAUUGGGAAACCGAAUGGGAAAAUUCAAUGCAUUCGCAGGAAACCAUCCUGAACGACGACGAGCGCAUCAAACUAUUUGAGGAUCUACCGGAAACAAUUCGAGAUAUACCGAGCGCGUACAAAGAAAUUUUAUUCACGCACGAAUCACCGAUUAGAGAUGUCCCUCGAAAAAGACGGCGUUCAAAUUCAAAAGUGAAUGAUAUAUCGCAAGAUACCUUGCUUUCUGUAAAUUUACUAACGUCGGACGUACGAACUCUGGAGGAACUAGACGAAGAUGAAACAAUAUUCGAUGUAAACAAGGCGAAAUCACAUGGUCCAUUACGGAAACCAGAAGAAGGUCCGAAAGAACAUCCUGAAAACUUUCCAACUUUGCGCCAGAAGAAAUUUGUCAAAACAUAUUCCAGAAAGACAUCUCAGAAAACUUCGUCUUCUCCGAUGAAAGUGGAUUUUAUGCGAAAACUUCCUAAGAUUUCUAGGAAGAUGGAAAGUCCUCCGAUUCCUCCAGGGAUGGUAUGCGAUAGUGGAUAUUGGGACAAAAGUUCAAAAAAAUUUAUAAUGAAAAGAGAAUAUGGUAAACGCAUAAUAAAGACUAGCAAAAGAAACACGAGAAAAUUACGGGAACAAAAUGAUGAUGUAUAUGCUAUCGAGGAAACAGACAAAGAAUUCGAAACUGAUGGCCAAGAUGGUAAACGAAUACCUUUUCGUGAAUUUUGUCGCAGACAAAAGAAAAGCAGACAAGACGCAGUCAUAAUAACAUCUUCAUCUUCCUCGGAUACAUAGAAACUAAACGAUUUGUUUGUAGUUGCUUAUAUACUAGUAAAUAUUAUAUACUAGUAAAUACUUAUAAUUA